UUUACUUUAUGUUUGUGGAAUUACUGGGGUCAGAAUUUAUCUGUGACUCAGUGAUUAAUAACAUGCGCAGUAGUCUAUCAGGAUCUGUAGCUGCAGUUUUUUUUUUUUUUUUUGUUUAUUUCAAAAAGGACAAUGCACACCGUAUAAUAUGCCAGAGUUAGGCAUAAAGGCUAUGGCUUGUGAUUUUAUUUUUUUUCUGUUAACUUCUGUGUCUGGGAUAAAGAUUAAGCUGGAGGCGUUACCGCAUCAAGACGUUGUUUGGCAACCGCCAAUAAACAAAAGAAGAAGAAGAAGAUGACUUGCAUUUUAAGCAGCACAGAAGGACACAGGGAGUUUCGGGCUGAUUGAAUGCCACAGACUGACAUUUGGGAAUGGGCUGAUUUUUCUGCAGCGCCAGAAAUGUUUACAUUCGGAUAGAAAUCGUUUCAGCUCAGAACAAAGUCAGAAAGCAGUGAUGGAUCCUGAGAGGAAGCAGAGCUCUUCUCCGUCCCUUUCUAUGAUGACUGACCACUCCAAAGAGGACCUUGUGAACUUCACUGUGGAUGAAAGGAAUUCUCAGGGUGCUGUGGCAGAUGAAAUAAAUACAAGCCCAACAGAUCCAUCUCUAAGGAGCUACAGGUCUAAGACCCCUCCACCAGAUUUCAGUAACGUGAUUCCAUCUGCACGGCUUCUCCCUGUUGGCGGGCUGCAGACACAAUCAGAGAAAUAUAGCUUCACACUUCCACAACUUAUUGAAGACUGGACUAAGGAUCAAGUGAAAGACUGGGAUCAGCCAGGAUACACACCUGUCAUCCUCUUAGUGGACAACUGGGAGGAUGUUGAGGACCUUAAGCAGUGCAUCCUUCAUGUUGCUGGUGAAAGGAGGCAGCAGAACGCUCUCAUGGUUAUCAUAUUGAACUACACAGUAGGACAAGUUUACAAGAGCCAGCUCAAAAAGAAAAUUGAAGAUUCAGAGCCUCUCACUGCUGAAGCUCUUGAUGAAUGCUUGAUACUGGGCUCCAAAGCUGUAAAAGCCUUCCAAGAGUCACAGGUGCUGGCCAAGAAAGAUGAAACUAUAGACCCAUUUGAUCUCCACAACAGAAAGAGGCCAAAGUCCUACAACACAUCAGCUUAUCUGGGAGACAUCCGCAGCGGAUGCAGUCGGGAACAAAUAUCCUUCUAUCUUGGAUUCACAAUGGAAGGUCCUGUAGCCUACAACAUCAAAUAUGUCACUGCUCAGUAA